UGGGAGGAGGACGACGGCGGGGGGCACCCUGGGCACCCUGGGCACGCCAGCCCCCCGCCGUCGCUGCCCCUCCUCCUGCAACAGCAGCGGCCCCACUCCCGCUCCAUGACCUCGCUGCCCCCGGAACCCUUCAUGAUCAUGCGUGCCAAGGCGCUCAACAGGCGCGUCUGCAUCAACGUUGGAGGCGUUCGGCACGAGGUUCUGUGGCGGACGCUAGAGAGGCUGCCCCACACCCGCCUGGGCCGCCUGCGCGACUGCAACACGCACGAGGCCAUCACCGAGCUGUGCGAUGACUACUCGCUCGUGGACAACGAGUUCUUCUUCGACCGCCACCCGAGAUCCUUCUCCUCCAUCCUCAACUUCUACCGCACCGGCAAGCUCCAUCUCGUGGACGAGAUGUGUGUCCUCGCCUUCAGUGACGACCUGGAGUACUGGGGCGUGGACGAGCUGUACCUGGAGUCGUGCUGCCAGCACAAGUUCCACCAGCGCAAGGAGCACGUGCACGAGGAGAUGCGCAAGGAGGCGGAGAGUCUGCGGCAGCGCGACGAGGAGGAGUGGAGCGAGGGCCAGUGCACGCAGUACCAGCGCUUCCUGUGGGACCUCCUGGAGAAGCCCACCACCUCCAUCGCCGCCCGGGUGAUCGCGGUCGUGUCCAUCCUCUUCAUCGUGCUGUCCACCAUCGCGCUCACGCUCAACACGCUCCCCUCGCUGCAAGUCCACGACGGCACGGCGGGCGGCGUGCAGGACAACCCGCAGCUCGCCAUGGUGGAGGCGGUCUGCAUCACCUGGUUCACGCUCGAGUACCUGCUGCGCUUCUCCGCCUCCCCGGACAAGUGGAAGUUCUUCAAGGGCGGCCUCAACGUCAUCGACCUCCUCGCCAUCAUGCCUUACUUCGUGUCGCUGUUCCUGCUCGAGACCAACAAGAACGCCACGGACCAGUUCCAAGACGUGCGGCGCGUCGUGCAGAUCUUCCGGAUCAUGAGGAUCCUGCGUAUCCUGAAGCUGGCGCGCCACUCGACCGGGCUGCAGUCGCUGGGCUUCACGCUGCGCAACUCGUACAAGGAGCUGGGGCUGCUCAUGCUGUUCCUCGCCAUGGGGGUCCUCAUCUUCUCCAGCCUCGCGUACUUCGCCGAGAAGGAGGAGCCGGGCACCAAGUUCCUGUCCAUCCCGGAGACCUUCUGGUGGGCGGGCAUCACAAUGACCACCGUCGGGUACGGCGACAUCUACCCCACCACCCCAUUAGGCAAGAUGAUAGGCACCGUGUGUUGCAUUUGUGGCGUCCUGGUGAUUGCGUUGCCCAUUCCCAUCAUAGUCAACAACUUCGCCGAGUUCUACAAGAACCAGAUGCGGCGCGAGAAGGCGCUCAAACGGCGCGAGGCCCUGGAGCGGGCCAAGCGCGAGGGCAGCAUCGUGUCCUUCCACCACAUCAACCUGAGGGACGCCUUCGCCAAGAGCAUGGACCUGAUCGACGUCAUCGUGGACACAGACCUGCGCACGGCGGCCGGCCACACCCUGGCGGAGCACAGCCUGGCGGAGCAGAGCAACUCGGAGGGCGAGGGCCAGAGCCAGGGCCACGGCGAGAAGGUGGCCGAGAAGAGCGUGAUGGGGGCCUUGGGGACCAUGGGGGCGGCCCAGCCCCUGCUCGUCGACCUGCCCCUCUCGUCCACCGCGCAGCUCAUGGCGCCCAUGGCGGCCGCCCCCGCCGCCGCGCCCUUGGUCGCCACGGCUCACUACGGCCUGCCUGCCGCCGCACAGACCAACGCGGCCCACCAUGGGCAGGCCGCCCACCAGGCCGCGCACCAGGCCGCCCACCAGGCCGCCCACCAGGCCGCCCACCAGGCCGCCCACCAGGCCGACUGCCAGAGCAACCACCACUGCAGCCUGACCAUGGACCAGGACGACGCGGACGAGAGGGCGCCGCUCACCGCCUCCCAAGCGGGCAGUCUGCCGGAUGACAGCAAAGACAGCAAGAAAUUCGACAAAGUUGACGAAUUCCCCAGUGAGUUCGAAUGUUGCUUUUGCACCACCAAGAACCUCAAGGAACACUGCGACGCCGAGGGCCUGAUGUGUCUGCCUACGAGCGACUACAAGAACCCCGUGUGCCUUGAGAUGAGGCUCCUCAGCUCGGGCGGCGUCGACCUGCUGGACGGCUCCAACGACCUCGUCUUCAUGGACGACAACAUGCUGCUGGAGCAGCCGGACGGCAACGCCAACAACACCGGCCCCUUCACCGUCAGCAACAACAAUAACAACAACAACGGCUUCGACGUGGGCAGCGUGGACAGCUCCGGCACCUACGUGUCGUGCCAGACGCAGCCCUUCUUCUCGCAGGGCGACCUCACCGACGACCUGAUGGGCGACUCCAACCUGUACGUCAACCCCAUGCAGGGCGCCGACAGCGUGGUGCGCGGGGUCCGGAAGAGCGCCUCCGGGGACACGGCGCUGCGGUCCGCGGUGGCGGCGGCCUCCAUGGACGACGCGGACCCCCGCUUCUCCUCGAGGGGCUCCAGGACCUCGCUGGGCGACAGCCCCCGCCAGCAGCGGAAGGCGCGCUUCCAGCAGAGCGGCAAGGGAGGGCGCGGCAAGGCGCGCUUCGACGUCCAGGGCAAGCAGACCUCCUCGCUGGACGGCGGCGAGUCGCUCGAGUCCCUGGAGACCAACAGCAAGACGGGUCGCGGUGGCGGCAGUGCGGGCAGUGCGGGCAGUGCGGGCGCCAGCAACACCAGCAGCUUCCGUCGCCCGUCGUUCCUGCCGCCGAAGGGGCUGGCGUCGUCCGCCACCAAGAUCAUCAACCACCACCUGUUCGGGAAGAACGGCGGCAGCAAGUCGUCCCUGUCGGCCGAGUCCACGGAGCGGCCCGGCGGCGCGGCCGGCAACGGGGCGUGCUCCACGCCGGAGCCGCAGCGGCGCAGCAAGUCCAUCCUCAAGAAGGCGGUGGACGGGGGCGGCAGGGGGUCGGCCGGGGGCAGGGGCGGCUCGGCGGACCCGGAAACGGAGCAGCUCAUCUCGGACUCGGUCAGCCUGGACAGCGAGUGCUCGCCCGCGCGGCGGCCCAACGUCCACUCCUCGCCGGCGCCGACGACGUCCUCCAAGCCGACACCCAUCAUCAAGGCGACGACCACGUCCGUGACGCCGACGCCGCGCCCGGGGACAGCGCCGAGCCGACUGGACAGCCGGACGGACAGCCGGGCGGAAGGCGGGCAGGACGACGGGCCCGCCGUGGUGGGCCGCGCGGCCAUGUCCGCCAGGCACCUCAAGGCCGUGUUCCUGGAGAGCGGGCCCGGCGCGGUGGCCGUCUCGGCCGUCUCAGGCGCCGGCCCGGGCGCCGCCACCACCUCCAGCGCAUUACUAGGUGACGGCGUGCGUCGCGGCUCGUCCCUGGAGGACCACUCCGACGCGGAGCAGUCCACGACGGAGGAGACUCGGCUGCUGCGACGCCACCAGUCCGAGCAGGCCAGGCCGACGAGGGCCGACGGGGAGGCGGGGGCGUCCAGGGCGUCCAGGGCGGCGCCGGCCGCGCUCACCAGGCACCUACACCAGUCGUAGCGAGUCGGAGCCACCGCCUCCACGGCCUCCACGGCCACCCCGGCCUACGACCCAGUGGCUGGGCCUCCACGAGGAACCUCUGAUUGUGUUGGCAGCGCGGCCAGCGCUGUCAUCCCCCGACUGUCUCAUCGUGUGCCCCCUGCAGAGGGAUCCAGUGCUGUAAAUAUUAUUCGGACACAUAAGAGAAACGUAAACCUAAUUGAAUUGUUUAAAACGCAUAUUGCCUGCCCAGAGUUAUCAUUACGAUGCUACGUUGUACAUAUAUAUUUUCCGUUUUUAUUACCGUUUUUUUUGUAAGUAGGCGAACUUGUUUGCUCAAAGAUGUUUGUGAAUAUUGAUAAGUAGGCUCAGGCGACUAAAUAGGCACACACUAGCGCGAGUGUGCGACGCGUGCAAAAUGCGUGCAAUGCGUGCUAUGCGUGCUAUGGCAAUAAGUACGUCGAGUGAGAGCAUCGUUUCUUCCGCAAGGCCCAAAACAAAAGUACCUCGCCAUUCUCGUCAGGAUUUGAACCCAUGACAAUCACGAGAGAGGCGCGUUUCUGCCGCCACGCGGGUUGACGUGCGGGACGGCGUUCCGUCGUCCUUUUUGUUCCGUUUGUGUGGCAUCUGCACUUGACUCACAACGAUGGGCGUUAGCGCCCCCAACGACAGGCUGACCAAGCCACGCCAGCCUGCGCCAGCCUGCGCCAGCCCCCGAGCGUCAUCCUCCGGGAGCCCCUGAGGGGUAGGCAACCCCGCACGCAGUUGCGCGCUCGCGUUGCCUACCUCCCAUUACCAUUACCAUUAAGGGCUAGACCACACAUGAUCGUAUGUCAUUUCGGGCCAAGCCAACCCACAGAUUGGCCUGGCCGUGGACUGGGCGGGGCUGGGCUGGGCUGGCCGUCGGCCUGGCGUCGGCAUGCCGUCCGCUUGCACCGGACACGCCAGGCCGUUCAACUAUCUGUUAGGAAAGAAAAGAAACGAAAUUCUAAACGUGUAACCGCGAACCCCUCUGGCCUCUCUUCCAGGAGGACUGACUUACUUUCUUGGAAACUGUGUCGCAGUGGAGGGAGAAAAUGAGCAAUUUUGUAGUAUGAAAUUUUAAGCUAUGUUUAUAUAUUUAAUUCAUAGUCGAUGAUGCGAUCCGCAUUAGGGCCUACCAACCCUUUGCAGAACAGAAUGUUUAGUUUAUUUUAAUGCUGUGAUGUGAUAAAAAUUUAUGUGAAUAUUUUCAAUUACAAAGAGAAUUACGAGCCUGUUUUGAGCAAAUGUUUUUCCUAUUAAUAAGUUUUGUUGUCGUUAUUGCACAAUGUUGAUUCUCUUUUAGACGGUUUUUGUGAAAGAAUGUUUUAUUUACGGAUAAAAUACCUUCCCGAGAUGUGCGAUAAUUCUGUCUGUGCGACUGUCUGCAGCGUCUUCAUAAUGAUGUAGUUCCGCCAAACUGGGAAAAAGAAAUAUCGAAUGUGAGCUCACAUUGUCCAACACUUUUACGCCAUUGGAAAAACAAAACAUUCCUCUUCAAAGUUUGCAAAGGUGCACUACUUUUGAAUCGCCGAGUGCAUUUCCAGGCGAGGCCCCGCUCAAUGUAACCCCUAGUCGUGCAACUGUUUGCAACUGUUCGCUCUUUCAUCGCGACACUUGCGCGGGACAAAAGCCGUGUCGGCGGGGACGCCACUUGCAUUGUGGGACCACAACGUAGAGCCCACCGAACCUGUUCGCUGUCUGCGUGCAAUUUUGGCUGGGGAAUUCCCUGGUGGCCGACCACCGCACCGCCAGGCCCGGCCAGGCCCCGUAGGCCGUAGGGACGAGGCAGGGGAAUCAGCUUCCGCUUGGUCCUGAUCGUCGUUUUUGUUGUCAAUUAAUCUAUUCGCUUGAGUUAGGCUACGUGGCACGAGCAUAUCUAAACGUACUUUAUCAUUCGCAUCGAUUCACUAUUCUCUAUCUCUGUUCGAUCUUCACGUGUCUCUAUAGUUUACUCCUUGCAAUCAUUCUAAACUUUUGCUUCGUGUCUUUAGCAUUGAGGCUACUAGAGAAUUGGCUUUACUUACGCACAACAAGUGCACAUGACUGAAAGCAGUUGAAUAUUUAGUCUAAUACAUUUAAGAAACUAUUAUCUUCACAGGUAAUGUCCAUGUUCCCGUCGAUACUAAACUCAGACUUAUUUUGAUAUGUUUCGAAUUACCACGCUCCAGGUAUAGCAUAAUUGUUAACUAAAGCUUCAACGUGAGAAAGGCGUGCUUCUAUUAAGUAGGCCCGUACCUGGGAAGCUCUUAAAGGACGCGAAAUUCGGCCAGACCAUUUGAUUUAAUGUGUAGUCACGGAACGAACAGCGUCCGGAAAGAGUAAAAUUUGGCAUUUCCAUCAGAGUAGGUAAAACUAUUGAAAAAAA